AUUAAAUUCAACUGACAUAUUUUUCGAAUCAUGCUAUUUUUCAAUUCAAAUUUGAACAUCUUUUUUUUAAUGUUCAAAUAAAUAAUGCACAUUAUGAUGCACCUUACAUUUCUUGAUUGCUUUUAAAUUUAAUAUUGAUUUAAAAAUUGAAACUACUUAAUUAAAAUUUGAAUGUGGUCCGUUUUAUCAACAACAACAUAUAGUGUGGCGCGAUGAUUAACAAUUAAUUACAAGACAAAAAACAAUAACAACAUUGAUACGAUUGGUUCUUUACGCUGAUUGGUCAAUUUUCUUCAACCAAUCAGAAUAAAGCAUUUUUAUACUCAAAAAUUUUGGUAUGUAUGAUUCACGGAAGAAGUAUUGAAAAGACGCCAUUUCUCAUGUUUCUAUCACACCAACUGCAACUGCAACUGCAACAACACUGACAGCGAUUCAUUGCUAACAUUUUUUCAACAGACAAUUGUCAAUGCAAUAAUAUUUAUAUUGAAGGACUUAUAUAAUUAAAAUUAAACACAAUUUUGAAUUUUGUAAUUCACAUAUCGCCUUGUAUUCAAAUAUUUAUUGAAACGUUACAUUUCAUAAUUAUCAGUGAACUGCAUAUAAGCCUCAUCUGCUGACCUCUACGAGUAUAUAAGAUUUUAUCUGAGAGAAAAAAAGGAGAACGAAGAGAAGGGUAGAGGGGCUGGAAAACACAAGCAACCGCAAACUAUUUGAGCGUUUAUUCAUUACCAUGACAACUGGAAUUUAAACAAUCGUAUCCAUAAACAUUUUCUUCUACAACCUCAUCCCUAUCCUGAUCAUCAAUUCAUCCCUGUGAUUCGACUCAGUCGUGAUGAUAAUUUUAGUCUAUUAUUAUUAUUAUUAAAAACAAAAAAAAAUGAAAAAUUAUUCAAAAUUUGAUAAUUUAUCUCCAGAACCUAGUUGUAAUUCAAGUCCGAAAUGGUCAUCCCCAGAACAUCAUUCUUCAUCUAAUCAAUAUCAUCAUAAUAAAUCAAUAAAUUCAAAUAGACAUACACCCACUCAUAAAUAUAUAAUGAAUAAUCAAUAUUAUAGUAAUAAUAAUACUAACAAUACUAAUAUAGAUGAAACUACUACCAGUACUAUAAAUGAUUCAAAAAUUCAAAUUUUUAAAUCGAUCGAUAAUGAUGAGACGACACCGAUUGGUGGUGGAAAUCAACAAAAUGGUAUUAUUUCCAUAAUGAAUACACCUUCUAAUAAUAAUAAUAAUAGUAAUAAUACGCCUAAUUUAAAUGGCUCCAUGGAUAUUGAACAUUUACGUUAUCCGUUACGCGAAGCAAUGAAUCAAGAUUUAAUUGAUUUACUUCGAUCACAAAUUUCAAAAUUAUUAGAAGAAAAUGAAAAACAUUUAUCAAGAAUUGAUGAUUAUCGACAAAAGAUUACAUUAAUUGAAAGAGAGAACCGUGAAGCAGCAGCUGAUCCAUCCAAUGAACUAAUCAUACUACAAACUGAACUUGGUGAAGCACGUAUGCGAGAAGCAGAGUUGACAGUAGCCUUUGAAGAGUUACAGCAUCGGAUAACAGCUAUUGAUCGUCUUAUAGAGACUGAUCCUGAGAUGGAGAAUUUUUUCAAUGCUGUCACUAUAUCACCAACAAGUUUGUCAUUAAAGAAACCAUCACAAGGAAAUACUACAAGUCAGAAUAAUUCACCUGCGAAAUAUCCUCAGCCGCCGCCGCCGCCGCCUCCUCCUUCUUCCUCAAAUAAUACUCAUCAUUCUUCACCACAACACAAUCUAUCCGACGUGGAAGAUCAAAGAAUGACACCGUAUUUAGGCGAUGAAAGUCCUCAAAAGAUUGUAUCACCAUCCAGCAAUAAGUCAAUCUAUAGUCGUAGUAACACUAACACUAACACUAAUACUAAUGCCUCUAGUCGAAUGUAUUCACGUCUUCAGAAUGAAUCAUAUCCAACACAUUUUACCAACGAUCCAGACGGUGAAUACACAAGGAAUAUUCAGCGAUCAGGACUAGAUUCUCCACAAAGUGAUAGUGGUUGUAGUCUGGCAAGUCAUACUACAUCAGACGGUAGAGAUGGUAUUACAACACCAGCUUCAGGAAGAGCAAAUCUGGGCAUUGGAAUAGAUAGCUACGAUUAUUCUAGUAAUCCUAGUAGACGUUUAACUCAACCACAGUAUAGCUUUCAUUCAGAUAUAAACCAACAGACAAAAUCACCUUCACAUCGUCGAGAUAAAAGUCGUGUUCCCGGUGCCGGUGCCGGUGCCGGUGGUGGUGGUGGUGGUGGUGGUGGUGUCCCUGAAGAUGAAGAUGAUAUAGACAUGGAUUCAAAAUCAAAUCGUCCAAGAGGAUUUGUUUCAUUAUUACGUAGAAGUCGUAGUAGUGCUGCAGAUCAUGCUACAAUGCAUGGAUUUCGUAGUGAAUUAGUCUCACCAUGUUCAAAUGAUCCAGCUCACUUUCAUAAUCGUGGUUCAAUUGAUACACCGACACCAACAGAAUCAUGCCAUUCUGAAACAGAACCAUAUGAGACUGGAAUGAAUGAAAAAAGACUUGGGGAUCGAUUGAGUCGAUUAAGAGCAUCAUUGAGACAAUCAUUUGGUUGGCCUACAUCAAAACCUGAUUUUAGAAUGGAAGCUUUUGCAGCAAGACAAGGUGAAGCUAGAGCUUUAUUGAAAUUAAGAGAAACUAGAUUGGAUGUAUUAAGAGUACAAUCCAGAUGUCAAACACUUCAACGUCAUAUUGAUCGUCUGGAAGCCAUCAAUUCAUUUCGUAUGUCUGAGCUAGAAGAUGCUGUCGCCAAUGAUAGAGAAUUAAGACAAGAGAUUAGAAAUUUACAAACUCGUAUCUUUCAACUGGAAGCUGAACAUCGAGAGUUUAAAGUUGGUCAACGUAUUAAAGAAAUGGAAUUGAUGAGUAAACUUGCUGAAUCAAAUAUGCGAUUAUCACAUGCUGAAAUGACUAAUCAACAAGCGAUUGUUUGGUCACAAUUGAAUAAAGCUCAUGAAGCAGCUGUCGAUCUAUUGACGCCAGCACAUUCACAAACAUCAUUAAUAUCACCCGGUAUGCUGACAAUGGAUUCACCGUCGAUUUCACGUUAUUCCACUGCAAACACUGGCAGUAGUAGUAAUAAUAAUAAUAAUACGAAUAAUAAUAAAGAUGAUGUAAUAGACAUUGGAAGAGGUAAAAAUAACUACCAGUCUGUCUCACGUUACGGUGAUCUAAGAAGAGAUGUAAGCGGAAGGAAAUCGGAUCUAAGUAAACCAACUGUAUUUACAGAGUUUUCAGAUGGACAGUAUGCCAAUUCAGUCUAUGAGAGUACAAAUGAAAGACGACUUUUAAGAUCAGAUUCAAUGUCUAGUCAAAGAGGUCAGCACCAACAGCAACAGCAACAGCAACAUCAACAUCGUCCACCUUCUCAUAGCCAUCACCAUCAACAUCAUCACAGUCCAGCAGCUGGUAAUCGUGAUAGAUCAAUCGAUUCAAUAUCUGAAUUACGUCUAAUGCCAGAGAUUAGUAUCACCGCGAAAUCAUCUGAUAUCAAUCGAUAAUUGAUAAAUAUAUAUAUAUGAAAAUAUUAAUUAGGCUUUAUGCAAUAUAUAUAAAACUAUAAUAAUAAUAAUAAUCAUUUCGAACAGUUUCAAACCACUCACCCACUCCUCCAACUUACCGUCUAUCUCUUCCUCACCCUCGUAACAUAUCAGCUUCAAAUUUCAACAUAUCCCAAAAUAGACAGUUAUUAGUCGUUAGGUGUAUUACACCGUAUCAUAUCACAUCAUAUCGUAUCAUAUCAUAUCUGUGUAUAUCUUCUCCAUCCGAUUUCCGUCCCACCCCCCCCCCCCCCAGUUACACAUGACCUUCGUCUCUUUAACCAGCACAGUUCAUCAGAUGGGAAAAAGCCAAAAAAUAGAGGAGGAUAAGGGUAAUCAACUGCCUAGUUCAACCAACAUACAGACAAUAUCACAUACUACUUAUGAGUGACUAUUAUUACUGAAAUUCAACAUAUGAAACCAGUGUAUUUCAUUACGUGUCUGUUUUUUUUUCUAUUUUUAUCUUGCUGUUUAUUGAUCCUUUUGUUUUUCAAAAACAGCUGACUUAUCUGUCUGUCUGCCUGUCUAUCUAUCUAUCCAUCCAUCUAUCUAUUACUCCGUCUGUCUGUCUGUCUAUCCAUCUAUCAACCAGUUAAUGUAUAACGACAGACAGUUAGUUGGGGAGCGGGGGCGUGAGACAAGGAAAGGGGUGCGAAAUUCUUUAAAAUUAAGACAUGCAGAAUAAACAGGUAAACAACACAUGUUUGUUUGUUCGCGUUGUUUACUUUUCACAACAAAAACAAACAGACAAACAAAUUAUUGACAUUUUUCAAUAUUUAUUUAUUUAUUUCACUUGUUUAUUUAUUUGUUUAUUUAUUAUUUUAUCUCAAUGGUUUUCAUAAUUUAAGCGCUUCUCUCGCCACUGUCUAUAUUAUUAUCCUAGUUACUAUUAUUAUUAUUGUUACUAGUAUGAGUUCCUUGUUUCUUCUGGCUGUACCAUGUUGGGUUUCCCACACACACAAACACACACACCUGCAGCCCACCCCUCUCCGGCCUUUGUGAUAUCUAUGACUAAUUCUAAUUCAUUGAUAAGAUGUCUUUACUUUUACCUUUUAUCACUAUGGUGACAUUGGUUUACAUGGCUGUGCAAUUAUUAAUUAUUAUAAUUAUUAUUGUUACUAAUACUACUAUUAUAAUUGUUAUUAUUAUUGCUUUUCAUUACCAUUACUAUUUAUUUUAGAGCACAUAAAAAGUUCAUUAUAAUAGAGGUUUUUGUAUUUCCAAAUGAAUGAAAAACAAAACGAUAUU